GUACGCCUCAUCCCCAUCGGAUAAGUGACUGGAGCGAAUUUGCGAGAUUAACCCAAAUAGCUAUCGUUGUCGGGGAAAACGCUCCGUUGCCCGUCGUUUUUAAUAUGCUUUAAGGCACGGAAAGGCGACGUCAUGGACUUCUACAUCAAUCUGAAGGUGAAUUUCAGGGGAAAUUCCAAAAAUUUCCUCCUGUCGGGAUCCGAGACCAAGAGCUGGGAGUCAAUGGAGGCAAUGGUCAAAAGGUCUUUUGGUCUUAACAGUCUCCAGCUAACCUAUUUUGAUGAGGAGAAUGAGGAGGUGUCCAUUAACAGCCAAGCUGAAUAUGAAGAAGCAUUAAAGAGUGCUGGGAGGCAAGGAAACAGACUGCACAUGAACGUUUAUGAGACUCGGGGACAGCCAACCAGGGUCCCUACCAACAAGGCCAGUGCAACAGAGCCAAAAAGGGGAUUCAGACCCCCACAGCACUGCCCGGCUCUUGCCCAGGUGGUCAGCCGAAAAGUCCAGGCAGCAGUGCCAGAACAGGGCAUGUUAAUCAUGAAAGAAGUGAAAGGAACCAAAGAGGAAGACAAAACUCCUCCAGCCUGGUUUACUUCCUACAUGGAGAAGUUUAAAGACCAGGUGGUUCGUGAGGCUGUGGAGAAGAUCUGCCGGGAGUUUUCUGGACAGUGCUGCAUCCACAAACCCCUGGGAGGAAGUGGAGGAACAGGGGUGGGAGGCGGAGGUAGAGGGGAAGCAGCAGGAGGAGUGGAAGCUCAGCAAGUCCCUGAGGUUUCCUCCUCCAGUCUGCCUGGAGCUCCAUCCUCCUCCACCCCUCCCUGCUCCUCCUGUAGGGGGCAGACCACUGGAGGAGGCUACCAGUGCAGUGUGUGUACCUCCUGUACUCUGUGUGAGCCCUGCAGCUUCUCUCAUGAUCCUAGUCAUAACCUGGUGAGAGCCCGGACUCCUCUGUCCAUCCCAGAGCACGGAUCACCCGCCCCAGACCACAGCAGGUUCUACAGACGGGGUGAUCGCAGUUUUCGGAAGGCAGAGAAACAGCGUCUAAAAGCAGAGAAACGCCUGCUGAAGGCUGAGGUCAAAGAGAUCAGAAAACAGCUACGAAUGGAGAGGCGGGGCAUACAGUGGAGCUCCUCCCACAGAGAUGGCAGCUCCUCCCCUGUCCUUCUGCAGCCUCGAGCCACACAGCACAACAGCCCUGAGCGGCCGAAACGUCCCUGUCCUCUGGUGGUUCCAGCCAUGACAGCUGCAUUUCUGGAUGAAAACCUUCCUGAUGGGACCCGUCUGCGUCCUGGGACCAAGUUUAUCAAGUACUGGAAGAUGAGGAACACUGGGACAAUUAACUGGAAUGCUGAUACUAAGCUUAAGUUCAUGUGGGGAAAUCUGGCAGUGGGAUCAGGGGAUCGUUGGAGGGAAGUGUCUGUCCCCUUCCUCCACCCUGGACAGGUUGGUAUAGUGAGUGUAGCACUGUGUGCUCCCACUGUCGAAGGCUCCUACACUUCCCACUGGCGCCUGGCCCACGCUGGAGAGCAGUUUGGACCGAGGGUCUGGUGCAGUAUUGUUGUUGAUCCUCUGGCCCCAGCACCCAUGAUGGCAGAUGGGAUACUGGUCUCACCCUGUGUCACACCACAGGGAAAGAACCCAGUGACAAAGGAUGGAAAAGCCUGUGCAGCCUCAAGAGAGCAACCAUUAAUCUCAGAAGACCAAGAAGAAUACUACAUCCCCUCUGUGGACCUGCUAACUGCACAGGAUCUUCUGUCCUUUGAAUUAUUGGAUAUCAACAUCGUUCAAGAAUUGGAGAGUGUCCCAAAUAACACACCUGCUGAUAUGACUCCAUGCAUGUCCCCUCUGCCUCAAGAUGGCCACCUGCAGGACAAAAGCAGUCCCUCCUUGGGUCUCAUCCAGGAAGAGAGUGAAGUUAUCAACAGCAUCAUGAAUGUUCCUCAUGGAGCAGGAGCGGAAGGAGGUGGAGUCCCAGCUCAGGAAGAAGGAGAUGAUGACAUCAGUGGGACGCAGUUUGUCUGUGAAACUGUGAUUCGCUCAAUGACCCUAGAGGAAGCCCCUGACCACGCCCCUCUGAGAGGGUCUCGCUCAGGGACAGGAAAAGUGGUGCGUCCUGCUGCUCAGGGUGGCUCCUCCUCAUCCUCCUCCAGUGUGAAGAGUAAGGUUGUGAAAACAGAUGAGAAUCCAGAAAGCAGUCCUGAUACCCCCCAGAAGCCUCCAGCUACACUAAAAGCUUCCCCCCCUCCUCCUCUGAAAGCCUCCCUGCCUCCUGUCCUAUCUGCAACCCAGAUCCUGGGACCUGGCCCCAGCUCAGCACCCACACCACUCCGUGAUUCUACCACGCUCCAUAGCUUACACAUGGCUUCUACAUCGCAGGAACAUACCAAUACAGAUACAGGUGAGGCCUCCCACAUAGAGAGCAUCAGUGUGGAGUCUAGAGUCAAGAAAAGUCAAAAGGGGCCUGAGGAGGGAAAGGAGAGAGAGGAAGAGGAGGAGAAAAGAGAAGGCAUAAGGAGUCGCUCCUCCUCCACCUCCUCUGAGGAUUACAUUAUCAUCCUCCCUGACUGUUUUGACACAAGUCGUCCUUUGGGAGAGUCCAUGUACAGUUCAGCUCUGUCUCAGCCUGGUGACACCCCAGCCAAGACCCCCAUGGACCCAGAAACACCAUCUUCUGACCACCUGGGCGGUCCCGAUCCUGAAGGCGAGCUUGAUGAUGGCGAUGCUUUAGUAGCACCAGGAAUGGCCGUGUCAGGCACCAGUAGUGCCAAUGACAUGCUCUGCACAUCUCAGACACUGGAUGAUGAGCCACUGACACCUGAAGUUGUGGCACUACCUAAAACCGUUGUCACCCCAAGUCCAGAGAGCAGUGGGGAAGCAGAUGCAGACCCUACAGCAGAUGUAGAAGGAGCAGAGGGUUCAGAUCUGUACCAAACUGAGGAAGACUCUGAACCUAAAAAAUCUCCGACAGAUGAUUCAGAAGCCACUGAAAGCGCAGAGGAAGACAACCCUGAAGACCCCAGGCACCCAGGCAUCACCAGUGGCCUGGUAAAAGGAGCUCUGUCUGUCGCUGCUUCUGCCUACAAAGCUCUGUUCACUGGACAAGGUCCCACACAGCCUCCAGUGGAUGCCUCCACACAGGACACCAUGAUGGCUGUGCUGGUGGAGAUGGGAUUUGGGGAUCGAUCGCUGAAUCAGCGGCUGCUAAAGAAAUAUAACUACAACCUGCUAGAUGUGGUCAAUGAGCUGGUUCAGAUGACCGACAAUGACUGGUACUCUACACGCUACUGACAAAAGAGACAGGAAGAAGAAUAGGAAGAAAAAAUGGAGAGGUAAUAGGUUACCCAGGAAUUCAGAGGAAUUCAGAAAGAAGAAAUGGAAAGACUGGAAUAGAGUAAUUCAUACUGGCUCAUCUACCUUUUUAACUUCCUUCUUCUGUCAAUGUCCCUUGUUAUAAGACCAUAUGGAUCAGUCAUCUAGUACCAUCGAAAAAGGCAUUCCAGCAAAUUUCCUGACACUGUACCUGACCUACAAACACCCCUUUUCUGUAGUUUAAGUUUAGACCUUGAUAGUGGCUUGGCAGCUGCCUUUGGUUGGAGUUGAAGAAAGACUUCAUAUACCAUGACCUGUCCAACCAUCGCCUGAAAUAUUUAUAUAGUUCAUGUGAGAUUCUGCUUAGUGGCUGGCAGAUCAGAGUUAGGAUGUGUUAGCACUGAAAUGCUACUUAUACUACCUUAUGGCUUUGGCCUGGGACAGUGACAGAUAGUGAGUCAGUAAAAAACAUCAAGUAUCCACAUCUGCUGAGAAAAAUAGAGAGAAAAUUCACAUCACAGAUCACAUUUGUUCACAGAAAUGUAGGGAGAGCCUCCCAUGACCCUGAACUGGAUAACAGUGUGGAUAAUGGAUGGAUGGAUGGUUCUUAACAUGCUAGACACUAAAGAUAAAAAAUCCAUUAUGAAGUUAUGGUGUGAUUUGUCUCGGACCAAACAGCUCAGACUUCUCUUAUUCUUGCUUUUAGCAAUGUGUAUGCGAGAUUGAUCCUUCAAAGCAUCUGCUGUUAAAAUACUUUUAAAACAUUCCACCAUGUAUGUAUAGGAGGCCGAGGGUUGAUUAGCCUACAUCAUAGGGUUAGGGUCAUCAUAGCCUUGCAGAUUCUAGAGACAUCAAAACUAAUUACAUUGAAAUUGAAAUAAAAAAAGCCAAAUUCACCAACCCACUCAAAACAAAACUUGCCAUGCCUAAGUACAUAAUCUCAUGUUCCCUCUAGUGAAAGCUGCACCUACAAAAGUUUCAGUUACGAUUCACAAUUUCAUUAUCCUUAAGUUGGAAACAGAAUAAACAUCAAAAGUGAAGCACUUUGAAGACUUUAUUUUCAAUGUUAUCAAUACUUAACAUUACUACUAACAGAGUAUUGUUAUGAUAUACUGUUUCCCUGGGUUGCUUGACGAUUCUUGCGAAUAAUCAGCUUUAAGGUGGAAUUCCAUGGACUCUCAGUCUGUGCAGUACAAAAGUCAAAAUAAAGAUGAGUGCUGCUUGGAUCACAGCUUCUUUUUCUACACAAUCACCUUGAUAAAAUCCAAGUAUAUCAUCAGCCUCUGAGCUUUUUUUUUUUAAAGUGAAUAACUUGAUAGUGUUUAAUUUAAUGAUAUCACUGGAGCUUACACAGGGUUUUCAUAAGCCUCUCAUGAAAAUGAAUCUGCUAUAGGUGCUACAAUAAGUACAUGACUACUGAAAGCUUAAGAGACUCUGACUUCAGAGAUUUAAAUCUUACAGGUCAUAGGGCCUAUUCACUUAUCAGAUACAGCUGUUUUUCAUAUUAUUCUUAUUAUUUUCAGGCCUCUCUUGGCACAGUUUUUUUGGAGGAAGGAUGAGGAUUAUCUGUGCUGGCUGAACCUGCUGGUCAGACUAAAGCUCUCAGCAUGCUUCAAACAAACUAGACGGUGUUCUGCUGUAGGUACACAAAUCCCACUCAGGGUUCCUUCAUCAGGCUUGAAAGAUAUCUGCAUAUUGGUGUAGACAAAACAAGCGAGACAGCUUGGAAUGCUAUUCUGUCUCUUUUCCAAGGUAACCUUUGUCAUGUUGUUUUUGACAAACAACAAAAUGUACCAACUAAUGGGAAAUUCUCAUUGUAGAUAUGAUAUUUGAUGAUGAAGCAACAUGUUCAUACAACAUGUUGUUUUAUAAAACAUGUUGAUCACUUGUUCAUGGUGACAUGGCAUAAGUUAAACCGCCUGUAUAAUUAUGAAGAUGAAUUCAUCUUUAGGGAUACCUUUGGUAAUGGGAACAUAAACAAGAAUGAGUAAAGAUGGUAUAAAACUCUGUUUCUAUCAAGUUCCCAAUAUUAAGAGGGUUCCCUUUGAUAAUAAUCCAAAAUGACUUCAAAGAAAAGUGUGAAGGAAUUUCCUGUCAGUCACAAGAGGACUGACUGGACAAGAGGCUAUGGUUACAUGGAUAUGAUUUUUCUGUGACCACACUUACUGACUUACAGGUGCAAAAGUGACCUUAGAAGACACAAUAAUGUCUUUGUUUGAGACAUGCUGAUAGUAAGUGAGAGUUUAAAUUGUUGGAAUCAGAUGUAGUUAACUAGGCCAGAUGUUAUCAGCUCUCAAAAGUGACAUUUUUUGACCAGAAACAACUUUCACUCAGGUAUGCUGACAGCCUGAUGGUUGCUGUAUAGUAUGGUCUGUUAUGAUUUGACACUUUAUAUCUAAAUUUGGCAAAAUUAACUAGACUUGAUACAAAGAAAGGUGUAGAUUUUUUUUGCCAACUUCACAAAUGCUGAAAUAAAAAAAAAAAAAUCACUUGAUGUUCCAUAUUCACAUGAUGGAGCCUUUAUAUCUAAAUGGGAGUUGCAAACAACAGAAUAUUUACUACUGAACACCUGUCUGUCUCUCAUUAAUCAGACUAAAUGUUUAAUCAAAUUGCCUUUUAAUUUUGC